GGGACUCCAUCAUUUAGAGAAGUGAACAGUUCCUGGUUUACCAGUGAAGAAGAAAGAGAGGCAGCGUUAAACCAUCAGAUCCUCCAACAUGAACGUCUGUCAGUCUCUGAUCUGCUUCUUCUUCCUCACACUGCAGGAUGGAAACAUUGGUCUCAUCAAUGCAGAAAUCAUCGAGAGUACAGGAACUGAAGGAGGAAACAUCACAGUUAGAUGCUCCUUCACUUUCUCUGGAAGGAGGAGAAUCUUCUGUAAGGACCAAUGUAAAGAAGGAGACAUUCUCAUUGACACAGAAGAGGACACAGCACAGAGAGGCAGAUACAGCAUUAAAUGUAUAGAAGGAGGUUUUCCAGUAUCUAAAAUAAUUCUGUAUGUGAGCAUCAGAAACCUGACUCAGUCUGACUCAGGACGGUACAGAUGUGGUUUGGUCAGAGAUUCAUUCUCAUCAUCAUACCAGGAGAUUGAGAUCCGAGUUACAGAUGAUCUCCCCCUGGUUUUGGGUGUGUGUGUCCCUGUGGUGGUGGUGGUGGUGGUGCUGGCUGUUGUUCUGCUGUUCUUCUACAAAAAGAGGACUAAUCACUCUGAUGGUUCAAACCAGAGAGGAAACACAGACAUCACCAGGACUGAGAUUAACAUCUAUGAGAACUGCCCUCCACUCUCCACCCGUGCAGACUCCACCUACAAGAGUCUGGAUCCAGCCUCCAGGGAUCCGGACCCCAUCUACUCUACUCUCUCUUAGAUACAACAACUAUGAUGAUGUCAGCAAGAGUUUCUGCUGAAUGCACAGUAAAGCCUGGCUGCUGCUCAUGGCAAUGAAGGAUUUUAUUACCAACCAGAAGCAUAAAUAGGACUUGAGGAGGUUCAGGGCUUAGCCUGGACCCAUUUAAAUAAACCUAAUGCAAUGCAAAACAACAAUUGGCUUGCCCAGCUUGUUAAUACCAGUGCAUGUUGAUUUUAGCUGGCCGUUUGUAGAAGUUAGUUAAAUGGCACCAAUAUUUGGCCUAAUCAUGACUGGCCUGGCAACCCAAAGGCCAAUGUUUUGUUUCCAGAUCUGUGUGGUGACUGAUGAUGUGGGGGGGUCUGAAAAUUUUGAGCGUUAAACACUUCAUUUCAUUAAUUUUUAUUACCAACGAUUUGACCACACUUGGU